CAAUAUUCUGUUUCUAAUAACAAAAAAACGAAAACCAAAACCAAAAUGAGUUUGAAACGUAAGCCGUAGUAGAGGCGCAGGGAAAACAAAACAGGCCGACUGAAAGCCGCUGAACUGCUCAACUCAAGCUCCAGAGAUCUCUCCGUUUGGCUCCAAUCCGCGGCGACAGUCGUAUCGCUAAGACGGACUAUCCAGAUCGCGUUUCCUCUCCGUUUGGGAUCGUGCCAUCCGGAAUGCAGCCCCGCCCUGAUUUAUUAGCCGAUAAUAUCCAGAAUAUGAAUCUUAAUCGGCCGCCUUCCAUGCCUAAUUCUGCCCCUCCUAGACCAUCCCCUUUCGGCCAACAGCCCCCUUUUCCUUCAACAGCCCCUCCUGCCGGUGCCGGGGCUCCUUCUGCACCACCUCCUUUUUCUCGGCCCGGCCCUCCCCCGGCUGCCUUUGCAAGACCCGCAGCACCAGCACCGCGAUCGGGACCCCCGCAACCAACACUAUCCCCAGCCACCACCCCAGUAAGACCCGCCGGGCCGCCGGUUGGCCAGCCUUCAUCUUUCCCGUCUCGACCGCCUCCUGGGUCGUUUCCCCCUGUGGGCGGGGUAGCUCCUGCUUCUGGGCCACCACCAAUUGGUCCAAUUGGUCCGGCAUCAGGUCCUCCCCCAGGUCUUCAGAGCAUGCCGCCUACGACUGCACCGGGUAGAAUGUUGAGUAAUGGGCCACCAAUGUUUGGUUACGGUGCUAUGCCGGGUGGACCUCGUUUCCCUCCCAGUGGAAAUGCACCUCAACCACCUGUUGGACAUCCACCAGCAAUGGCACCAGCACCAGCCGCGGGUCCACCACGAACCCCAUCCAUGCACUCCGUGCUGGGUGGUUCGGCAGUUAGUUCUCCACCAGGUCCUACUGUUCAGCAGCCACCACCAUUGUCGGCAGCCCCGCCAUUUUCAGCUCCACCUCAAAGCAUGCGGCCACCAGCUUCAGGCUCUCCCUAUGGCUCACAGACAUGGCCAGUGCAACAAGGGCAGGUGGCUCCACCUUUGCAAUUUCCUGGUUCUGCUCAACCACCUAGAAUGUUUGGAAUGCCACCCCCACCACUACCAAAUCAGUCCAUGACUACCAUCUCACCUGCUGGUCAAACUGGUACUCCUUUGGCUGGGUCAUCCAAGAUUGAUCCCACUCAAAUUCCUCGGCCUAUACCAAGUUCAUCGAUGCUCAUUCAUGAAACUCGUCAGGGCAAUCAGGCGAAUCCACCUCCGCCUGCUACAACUGAUUAUAUUGUCAGAGACACUGGGAAUUGCAGUCCACGUUACAUGAGGUGCACCAUCAAUCAGAUACCAUGCACUGCAGAUCUUUUAACGACGUCAGGAAUGCCAUUAGCUUUGUUGGUUGAACCUUUUGCCCUUCCUCAUCCAAAUGAGGAACCAAUCCAAGUUGUGGAUUUCGGUGAAAGUGGUCCUGUUCGAUGCUCUCGUUGCAAAGGCUACAUAAAUCCUUUCAUGAAGUUCAUUGACCAGGGCAGGAAAUUCAUCUGUAAUCUUUGUGGAUUUACCGAUGAGACUCCGCGUGACUACCACUGCAAUCUUGGUCCAGAUGGUAGACGCAGAGAUGCUGAUGAGAGGCCUGAGCUAUGUAGAGGAACAGUUGAAUUUGUUGCUUCAAAAGAAUACAUGGUACGUGAUCCCAUGCCAGCUGUGUACUUCUUCCUCAUUGAUGUAUCCAUGAAUGCCAUUCAAACUGGUGCAACAGCUGCAGCUUGCAGUGCACUCAGUCAAGUUAUUGCUGAUCUUCCGGAAGGUCCUCGGACAAGUGGAAUUGCAACAUUUGACUCAACGAUCCAUUUUUACAAUUUGAAACGUGCACUGCAGCAGCCUUUGAUGCUUAUUGUUCCUGAUGUGCAAGAUGUUUACACUCCUCUGGAGACUGAUGUAGUGGUCCAGCUUUCCGAGUGCCGCCAACAUUUGCAGCAAUUGUUGGAAAGUAUUCCAACCAUGUUUCAAAACGGUAAAACUGCUGAAUCAGCCUUUGGUGCGGCAAUCAAGGCUGCUUUCUUGGCAAUUAAGAGUACUGGAGGGAAACUUUUGGUGUUUCAGUCAGUGUUGGCAUCAACUGGAAUUGGAGCGCUCUCUGCUAGAGAGGCCGAAGGAAGAGCAAAUAUAUCCUCAGCUGAGAAGGAGGCCCAUAAAUUACUCCAACCAGCUGACAAAACUUUAAAGACAAUGGCAAUUGAGUUUGCUGAAUAUCAAGUUUGUGUUGACUUGUUUAUCACUACUCAGUCAUACAUAGACAUUGCUUCUAUCUCUGUUAUCCCAAGAACAACUGGAGGGCAGCUUUACUAUUACUACCCCUUCUCAGCUGUCUCUGAUCCUGCAAAGCUCUACAACGAUCUUAGAUGGAAUGUCACAAGGCCUCAAGGUUUUGAGGCGGUGAUGCGUGUAAGAUGCAGCCAGGGUAUUCAAGUUCAAGAGUACCAUGGAAGCUUUUGCAAACGUAUUCCUACGGAUGUUGACCUACCCGGGAUUGACUGUGACAAAACUAUUAUGGUGACCUUAAAACAUGAUGAUAAAUUACAGGAUGGCUCAGAAUGUGGUUUCCAGUGUGCCGUUUUAUACACAACUGUGUAUGGCCAACGGAGAAUUCGAGUUGCAACUUUAUCUCUGCCAUGCACUAGUAUGCUAAGUAAUCUGUUCCGCGCUGCUGAUUUGGACACUCAAUUUGCAUGUUUCAUGAAGCAAGCGGCAAAUGAAAUUCCUUCAAGUCACCUCUUGCAUGUACGGGAACAAGUGACAAAUCUGUGCAUUAGUAGUCUGCUUUCAUAUCGUAAAUUUUGUGCUACUGUAUCAUCUUCUGGACAGCUUAUUUUACCGGAGGCACUGAAGCUCCUGCCUCUAUACACCCUUGCAUUAAUCAAAAGUGUGGGGCUACGAACUGAUGGAAAAAUAGAUGAGCGAUCCUUCUGGAUCAACCAUGUUUCUUCCCUUUCGGUUCCUUUGGCUGUACCACUAGUGUACCCGAGAAUGAUGGCUAUUCAUGACCUUGAAUCCAAAAGGGAGGGAGAUGAUUCUCUAAUACCUCCGGUGAUUCCGCUUUCUAGCGAACACGUGCGUAACGAGGGAAUUUAUCUUCUCGAGAAUGGUGACGACUGUUUAAUAUAUAUUGGGAAUUUGGUGGAUUCUGGAAUUUUGCAACAACUGUUUGGAAUCACCUCUGCUGAUGAACUUCCCACACAGUUUGUGCUACAGCAGUAUGAUAAUCCAUUAUCAAAGAAGCUGAAUGAUGCGGUAAAUGAAAUACGGCGCCAGAGAUGUUCCUACCUUCGCUUAAAAUUAUGUAAGAAAGGAGAUCCAUCAGGAACAUUGUUUUUCUCAUAUAUGGUCGAAGACCAGAGUCCGAAUGGCCCCUCCUACGUUGAAUUUCUGGUGCAUGUCCAUCGGCAAAUACAGAUAAAAAUGGCAUCAUAACUGCUUACGCUUCUUUGGUUUAAAUUAUAAGUUUUGAGCAACUUCUUGAUAGAGUACCCAUGGAUUCAACAGAGAGAAGAUAAAUUAGAUGCUUGCUAUACACAUAUACUCGGGGAUCAUCCCGCAACGUAUGUAAUGUAUGCUUGAAGAGCAAGCAGAGCCGAGUUUUGUUAUGAUAGGUUUGUUAAAAUUGCAGCUGACAAUCCAUAGUAGACGCUACUGCCAAUAAAUACAGAGUAUUACGAAGCGUAUUACUGUAUUUAAGUCGCCCUAACUCAAUUUUGUUCUCGUCUCCUUCGAUAUCUCCCUUUUCAAUUUAUUGGUGUACUGUGAGAAUAAACUUUGUAAGUUACGGUGGGAGAAAGAAAAAUGAAUAAACAGGUUGGUUGUUCUACCAAAUGUUU